CUGUAAUACACUCAUCAUAUUCAUGAUGGCUCUGUGUUCUUGAGCUGUAUAAGUAGCCUAGCUUCCUCCGCCAAGUUAGACAGACCAGCAACCAGCACAUCUUCUCUAGCAACCAGGAUCUUCAAAACCUAACCAAAUUUCCCAAGCCACUCUGCACCUUUCACCAAUAUGCCCCUAACCGAAGCUGAACUCUGGAAGGUAUAUGCCAACAAGAUCAAGGAUGACUACCUUCAGCAGUCCGACUUUGGAUCGCAGAACAAGAUCUUUAUCCCCCCAAUCAACUCUCAAGCAGUUCUGGCUUCGGGACCUAUUAAGCAGUCGCAGACCAAUUUUGGUGUUUUCCGAGCUAGCGACCCUUUGCUUAAGGUUGACAACCCCUCUUUCACUCCCUCCAAUGAUGGCUACGCCCAGAAGUGUCUAAACUAUCUGAGAGCAGUCCAGCUCGACACUGAUGCUUCGGCAGGCCUCGUCCAAAACAGGGACGCGGCUUACCAGAGGCUGACCGCAGCGUCCGAACGCUUCCAGGCAGUAGCGGAGAAGGCCAGAGCUGCUUGGCAGGAUGAAUUCGAUUAUCCUGGUACUCCUUUGUACCAGUGGACUAUGCAGAACUAUCCCAUGUACAUGGUUGCUGACCAUGAACAGAAGGCUGCAUCAGCGGAGUUUGACCAGGUGAUGUACAAUAUCCACGGGCCUAACUACAUGACGCUUGUGAAGAUGAAGCAAAACCUCCAGCUGGCUUUGGAACAGCAGCCUUCACCGUUCACCAUGGUGGUCAAUGCCGCUCUACCCGAUGCCGCCGAGAACACGGUCGCAGAUGAGUACCGACCCAAAUACGAUAUUGAUGCGGGCUACGCGAAGCAAGUCGAGGCUUGGAUCGACCAGGCAGUUGAUGGGGAUGACCAGCACGAGAAGGCUUCCAUCGUUAUCAGUGCCUCCGAAACUUCGGACUACGACUGGCACUCUGUUGGCUUCGAUGAGAGCAAAAUCGAUGCAUCAGGCGGAUUCUGGCCCUUCUUCAGAGUUGAGUACGCCGGGUCGCACAUGAAUCGGUACGAUGACGUUAAGGUCGAUGAGUCGUCCAGCAGCCUCUCUGUCAAGAUCCUUGCCGAUGGCAUCAGCUCCUUUGCGGUUACUCCAUCGAGCACCUGGAACCCAGGAAAUAUCAAGCAGACCUAUCCUAACUUGUACAAAUCCGCCUCUCAGCAACUCUGGGAUCCAAUGGUGCAGGUCAGCAAGAUCGUUGUUGGCUACAACGUCCGUAUCGAGAUCUCGCUAGAUUCGGACACGUACAAUAGCAUCACCUCUAAGGUCGACACGGCACUGUCCCGUGACGCGAGUGCAUCGGCCACGCUGUUCGGUUGCCGCCUCAACCUUGGUGGCUCGUACAACGACAGCGAGUCCAAUUUCACAAAUUGGAGCGAUGUCAAGAAGGACGGUGACAGCAACACGUUUGUUAUUUCCGCUUCGAACAACACCAUUCCAGUGUUGCUUGCUGUGGUGGGCACUGUCCUUUCUUGAGCAGGUGCGAGGAAAGCGCGGACCUAAAGCUACAGCUCAUUGCAGUCACUCGACCAGGAAGCAGUGGAGGCUGGCUCGAACGGUCCUCGCAUAUCAUCGGCAAGUUGUUCCGCAGCUUUCGUAGCUCUAGCAAGAGACACGAACAACUUAC